AUGAAAAUAGUAAAGGGAAACGCAGGUGCACUUACCAAUUUCGAAGUGCUUGACUUCCUAAACUCAAGAGGUGCAUCAAARGAUACUACAAGAGUUAUAGCUCCAAUUGCUAGAUCAGAAUACAAGGUCUAUGAUUAUUUGGUGGAGACUGCUGCUUGCACUCAAACACGAGAGUGCGUUAACAAAUUCGCCGAMAAGUGUAARGGUUUCAAAGUCGYGAAAGCUGAGAUUCUCAAUAUCAUCAAUCUUCGGCCAUCUUCUAUUGUYGAAUUAAUGCCGAUCAUAGAGAAGCCUGAUGAUCGGGAAAUCGACUCAGAUGGGAUACUAGAGCUAGUGCASGAGUUGCUACCGCCUCUUCCUACKUCYGAAAWCCCUAAAGAAGAUGACCAAGAGGAAACAGAGAACGGUGAACAAUCAUUGAAACUUUAUCAAAAUGUCAUCGUCUUUGUUGUCACCAUCUUCAUAUACAGAGUUAAAAGAUGCUUGGCAUCCAUCAACAACAGCGAACACAACGGAAUCAAGCUACUGGAUUUCGCCGGAAAAGGAGCGGGAACGGUGGCGGCGGCGACGGAGGAGGAGGAGAGAAAAAGUGGUCUGGAAAUGUAUAUGAAGAUGAGACUUGGAGACCUUGUCUACGUAAUAUUCAUCCAGCUUGGCUUCUUGCUUUUCGAGUUGUGCCUUCUUCGUUCUUCUUAUUAUGUUGAUCGUUAUUGGCCUUGUUGA